AUGAUUCUUGCUUUGUUUGUGUGCGCAUUUAUAGGCCUAAAUAAUGGAUUUAGAGUAUUGGUGGUCUUCCCUUUGUGUGCUCCGAGUCACCAUAUACUUGGCAGAAGCGUAGCUACCAAUCUACUAGAAAGUGGCCACGAGGUUGUCCUUAUUACUUGUUUUCCUGAUAAAGAAAAAAAGAUAAACUUAACACAAAUCGAUCAGUCACAUGUCUUCGAACUCGCACAAAAAAGGAAUAAUAAGAAUUUCGAAGAAGAGUUCAAAUUGAAGAAUUUGGUCGGCCGGAAGAAUUACGUUGAUUCCCUGUCCUUCUAUUACAUCGCCCAUGAUAUUCACAAAUGGUUCCUUACUGAUGACGUCAUGUUGAACCUUCUAAUAGACACACAACAGCAUUUCGAUGCAGUUGUCAUAGAAUGGUUUUUCUCUACACUCUUUGCUGGUAUAGCCCAAGUUUUCCAAGCGCCUUUAAUCUGGGUCUCAACCACCGAGGCCCAUUGGCAAGUUCUGAAAUUGGUCGAUGAGAUAUCAAAUCCCACCUACACUAUAGACAUGUUCUCCGAAAAUAAUCCACCAUUAAAUUUUCUGGAAAGAGCAGUCGAACUCUGGAAUGUUUUUAAAAAAUACAUUUUUUUAACUUGCAUCGUGGAACCUCUUGAAAAAAAUGUUUACAACAGUGUCUACAAACCAAUAGGCGAGAAAAGAAAUGUUACAAUACCUUCUUUUGAAGAUGCAGCAUAUAACGCCUCUUUAUUACUUUUGAAUUCACAUUCUUCCAUCGCACUACCAUUUAAAUUACCACAAAAUGUAAAAUCUAUUGGUGGAUAUCAUAUCGAUAUUAAAAGUAAACCUUUGUCACAGGAUCUCCAAAAACUAAUGGACGAAGCUAAACACGGUGUGAUUUACUUUAGCAUGGGCUUAAAUUUGAAGAGCAAGGACAUGACCGAUAACAUGAGGGAUUCCCUUCUUAAAAUGUUCUCGGAAUUAAAAGAGACUAUCAUUUGGAAAUUUGAGCGUGACUUGGAAAAUGUGCCCAAAAAUAUAUAUCUGACUAAAUGGGCACCGCAGCAAAGCAUUUUAGCCCACCCCAAUUUAAAGAUGUUCAUUACUCAUGGGGGCCAACUGUCAACUACAGAAGCGAUUCAUCACGGAGUUCCGAUUGUGGGCAUACCAGUUUUUGGAGAUCAGCACAUCAAUAUGAGAAAUGCUGUGGAAAAAGGAUUCGGUAUCGCCGUGGACUUAUCGGAAGACAUGGUUGGUGAACUUACAGCAGCCAUUCAGGAGAUACUAAAUAACCUAAGUUACAAAAAUAAAGCUAAGGAGCUUUCUGCACUCUUCCAUUACCGACAAAUGACUCCUCAGAAGGAAUUAGUACAUUGGGUGGAGUAUGCGAUCAGAACACGAGGGGCACUCCACCUUCGAUCUCCAGCCCUCAACGUGCCACUCUAUCAAAAGCUCUAUCUAGAUCUCCUUUUAACUUUUGUUUUUGUUAUAUAUGUACUACGCAAAGUGUUUAAUAUGUUAUUUCCUAAGAAAUCAUCCUUAAAAGUUAAGAUAAGCUAA